GCAUUUUGAGCGAUUCGGAAGUGUUUUUUGAGAUACUGAAAAAAACGCACAGAUAUAUACAUAUAUAUGCUUAUAUAUAACUAUACAUAUGUAUAUGUAUUCUCAAUAGAGUGCUCGUCGCGCGUGUUACAGAUCUAAAAAAAUAAAUUUCGCAUUUCACAUAUAUAAUAAUUACCGCUAUAUAUGUUUUUCCGUCUUUAUAAAUAAAGCGUGUAAUUAAACAUUUGUGCAAGAGGGGCUCUCUUACAUUGAAACUAAUUGCAUUGCAGCAAUGAUUAUGCAUUAGCCAAAAGCAUUUGCUAAGCGACCUUAAAACAAAGUGAUUUCUGAAAUACAACGAAUCGAGCUUAAAAAAAAAUAAUAACAAUAAAAAACAACGAAACAUUUCAAAAGUAAUAUUAAUAAAACAUAUGAACCAAAAGUUUCAUAUAGUCAGUGAGAACUAAUUUAUUAUAAACAAUUAAACAUGGAUAGUAACAAACUAUUAAAAACUGUUUAUGGCAUCGACAUACACUUUGAAGAUCUGGUCUACCAGGUCAGAGAGUCGAAGCAGAAAGAAAAAAAAUCGGUGCUCAAGGGCAUUACCGGUACGUUCAAAUCAGGCGAAAUGACGGCUAUUAUGGGCCCAUCGGGCGCCGGCAAAUCUAGUCUUAUGAACAUUCUAACGGGCCUCACCAAAAAUGGUGUCUCGGGCACCAUUGAAAUCGGCAAGGCACGCAAAUUGUGCGCCUACAUCAUGCAGGAUGAUCACUUCUAUCCAUUCUUCACAGUGGAGGAGACGAUGCUUCUAGCAGCAGCACUUAAGAUAUCCAAUAAGUGUGUUAGUCUGAAGGAAAAACGCAUUUUGAUCGAUCACUUGUUAAACACAUUAAAGCUGACCAAGGCCAAGCAAACAAGAUGCUCAAAGCUGAGCGGUGGCCAGAAAAAGCGCCUGUCUAUUGCUUUGGAACUAAUUGACAAUCCAGCUGUGCUAUUUUUAGACGAGCCCACAACUGGCCUGGACAGCUCGUCUUCCUUUGAUACCAUACAACUGCUGCGGACACUGGCGAACGAGGGUCGCACCAUUGUGUGCACAAUCCAUCAGCCAUCGACAAACAUUUACAAUCUGUUCAACUUGAUCUACGUGCUAAGUUCUGGUCAAUGCACUUAUCAGGGCACACCCCAAAAUACGGUGCUGUUUCUGAAAACGAUCGGACUCGAAUGCCCCGCCUAUCACAAUCCAGCCGAUUUCUUGCUGGAGUGUGUGAACGGUGACUUCGAUGAUCAUACAGAGGCCUUGACCGAAGGUGCCAGGGACGCACGCUGGCGAUACGAUCAGCAGCUAGUGCAGGACGAGGCAGAGCCACCAACCGAUGCUCAGGUGGCCAAGUUCAACGAAUCGCAAACCCAAGGCCAAGCGGCUCAGUCCAAAAUACAAAAGGCUGAAUCAGCCAAGGAGCUCAUUAAGCACACCUACCCACCGCCUGAAUGGGUACGCUUAUGGCUGCUAAUUGGACGCUGUCACCUACAGUUCUUUAGGGAUUGGACCUUGACAUAUCUGAAGCUGGGCAUGCAUAUUCUGAGUGCCGUUAUGAUUGGACUAUUCUUUGGCGAUUCCGGCAUUAAUGCGACGAAGCAAAUAUCAAAUGUGGGCAUGAUUAUGAUACACUGUGUCUAUCUCUGGUAUACGACCAUAAUGCCUGGCAUCUUGCGCUAUCCCAUGGAAAUUGAGAUAAUCAAAAAGGAAACAUUUAACAAUUGGUAUAAACUGAGAACCUACUAUGUGGCCACCUUGAUAACAUCCACGCCAGUGCAUAUAAUCUUCUCGACAGUCUAUAUAACCAUUGGAUAUCUGAUGACUGAUCAGCCAGUUGAAUUAGAUCGCUUUGUAAAAUAUUUACUAACUGCUGUUGUCGUAACUAUCUGCGCAGAUGGCUUGGGCGUAUUCCUGGGCACCUUACUUAACCCGGUGAAUGGCACCUUUGUUGGAGCUGUUUCGACAUGUUUUAUGCUCAUGUUUUCGGGCUUCCUCAUCCUGCUGAAUCACAUACCAGCAGCCUUACGAUUCAUAGCUGCUCUUUCGCCAAUGCGUUAUGCUCUAGAGAAUAUGGUUGUAUCAUUGUAUGGGAAUCAGCGUGAUAAGCUAGAGUGUCCACCCAACGAAUUCUACUGUCAUUUCAAAAAUGCAAUUACGGUGCUGCGUCAGUUUGGCAUGGAACAGGGCGACUUUGGCUAUAACAUCAUGAUGAUCUUGGGCCACAUAACGGUGUUCAAGAUCCUGGCCUAUUUUACGCUGAAGCAUAAACUCAAAUCAGUUUGAUUUGGAUUGCAUUGGUUGCCUAGUAUUUUGAGCUUAAUAUAAAUUAAAUGUGAUUGUAUGUUACUUACCGCUUAGUUCAAGUGAACAACCUUUUUACAUCGGCGUGUGAUACUUUAACUAAUGCUACCUAUUGCUGCACUACAUACUGUAAAAUAUGUAAAAAAAAAAAAAUAAUAAUAAUAAUAAUAAUAAUAAUAAUAAUAUUAGCGAAUAUGUAGAUUUUAUACGGUUAUAUAUUUCUCAUAUGCAUAUAGGGACUAUAGAUAUGUAUAUAUAUCAUUUAAAUAAGUAAUUAAGUCGUAGUAAGUAAUAAAAUGGACAAGUAAAUAAAUGAAUGACUAUAACAACCUUUAA